AUGCUCGAGGAGCAGGAGUAUGAGCACAUUGUGCGCUGGAACUCUCUGGGCGACUCCUUUAUUGUUCUAGAUACCAAUGAGUUCACAAAGACCAUCCUCCCGCGCCAUUUCAAGCACUCCAACUUUGCUUCAUUUGUCAGGCAGCUGAACAAAUAUGAUUUCCACAAAGUCAGACAGACCGAUUCCAGCGGCGAGAGCCCAUAUGGCGAAGGCGCUUGGGAGUUCAAGCACGAGAACUUCCAAAUCCACAACAAAGACUCGCUGGACAACAUCAAGCGCAAAGCACCCGUUGGCAAACGCGGCGGCGGUAGUGGUGGUAUGAAAGAAGGCGGUAGCGGCGGUCACCCCAUGGAUGACUCGCCAUACCCUGUCAAUCAGCACAUGCACAGCAUGCAGCACCAGAUUGACGAGUUGCACAAGCAACAGGCUGGCAUGAACCAGCAUCUGCACACUUUGACCAAAAACUACCAAACGGUCAUCAGUGAGAUGCUCUCCUUUCAGCGCAACAUGGUGGCACAGGAUCAACUCAUGCAGAACCUCAUCUCGUACAUGAUGCAAGGUCCCGCAGGUCAGCCUCUUCCCGCCACUGAAGGUGCUGCGGCACAAGAACAGCCAAGGACGCAAGAGCAAGCACAGAAGCUCAUCAACGACUACACAGAGGUGGCUAAGGCGAGUUAUGAGCAGAUGGAUGCCAUGAACAGACGUGCCUCGGAUAUGGGCUUAACGCUCGACGCAGCUCAAAAUAGCUGGCCGCAGUACGAUCAAGCGCACCACCCUCAGCAACAACAACAGCAGCAGCAGCAGCAGCAGCAACAUGCAGGCCAUCAGCAACACCCAUAUGAUCAGCAGGGCAACCCAAUGCAUGGACAGCAAUCGUACAACCCGUACGCCGAGCCCGUGCAGAAUCGUCCAUUGCAUGGAUAUGAUGGUGCACCCCCUCCAAGUGGUGCAUCUACACAGUCAUACACGGGCUACCAGUCCAGCGUCACUUCAGCGCCGGGCUCGCAUGCUGACAACAGAUCAUCGACUGGGUAUCCGCCUCAACAGCAACAACAGCCACAAACUCCGGGACACCCAAUGCAACCUAGCAAUUCGGCGCAACAAAGUGCGGCUGUUGUCAAGAGGGAGGCUCAAGCAGAUGGCAGCCGAGUUGCUGGCCCUGGCAUGCCCAAUAAUGCAGCAGGUCAAGCGGUCAAUGCCAUUCGUGCUGUUCAGCAAAUAAAGCAGACGUUUGUGCCUUGGGCCGUUCCCCCUAAAGUGCUGCUCGUUGAGGAUGAUGCCGUUUGCAGGCGCUUAUCGAGCAAAUUCUUGAGCAUCUUUGGGUGUGACAUUGAUAUGGCUGUUGAUGGUGUUUCUGCCGUCAACAAGAUGAACCACACAAAGUACGAUUUGGUGCUCAUGGACAUUGUCAUGCCAAAUCUCGAUGGUGUCUCUGCAACAAGCUUGAUCCGUCAAUUUGAUCCAUUGACACCCAUCAUCAGUAUGACAUCCAAUGUCCAGAGUGGCGAUGUCAUGACUUACUUCUCCCAUGGCAUGAAUGAUAUUUUGCCCAAGCCAUUCACGAAGGAUGGCUUGUUGGGCAUGUUGGAGAAGCACCUGAUUCAUCUCAAGACACUGAAGCAGAUGAAUACAACAGAGACGGGACCCACUGGCGUCAGCGAAAAGGAGGCUGCCGCCGGCAGCGCAUUCAACCUGUCUGAAGCAGACUACUUGGGUAUGCUGUCAGGGUUGAUGGGAGGAUCAGUUCCCAACCUGCGACGUUCAGCAGAAGAGAUGGCUGCGUCGCCGGGAAAUGCGAGUGACGCGCAGACGCAAAAUAGCGAUACGCGUCCAGUGGGAAAAAAACAGCGCACUGAGGAGGUGGCGAAGUAG